AUUUUCUCUUAUAAAUAGAUAUGAAGAAGUAAGAAAUUUGACAAUGAAAACCACCAGAGUCGAAGAACCAUUGCAAGAAUAAUGACAACAUCAUUUAGGUGUCUUAUUUCUAUCAUCUUGGUUACUCUUAUAAUCAAAGGAUCCUAUGGGUGUUCCUUGAAUAACAUCACUAUUGGAACAACAAGAAGUGGGAGAGAAAUAAACGAUAUGCCUGAAUGGAACGUGGUUGUGACCAACAAUUGUAACUGUGUACAAAGCCAUUUAACUUUGUCUUGUGUUGGGUUCAAAACUUUAGAACCAGUUGACCCUUCAAUUCUUAAGGUGGGAGAUGGUGAUUGCCUACUUAUCAAUGGCAAUCCCUUGCCUGGUUUUGGAACCGUUAAAUUCUCUUAUGUUUGGUAUCCUCCUUUUAUUUUUUGGCCUAAAAGGUCUACCAUAGGAUCUUGUAACUAAUAGAGAUCGACAUUAUUAUUGAAUAAUACUGUUUGUUUCGUCCUUAAAUAUAAGACUUUUUCAUUAUAUUAUCAAGAUUUA